UCUUAACCCUCCGCAGUCAUGUCCACCUCCAAUGAUGAGUUCGAAGAUGCCAACUCUCACAACCAAGCUAUCCCUGAGACUGUGACUGAAAAUGAUAAAAGUGACAAUUCACAGAAUCAGACAAGUGACAAUAAUGAAGAAAGUAACAACCAAGACGAGUCACUACAACAAGAAAGUGAUCCCUCACAACUGCACAAGCAAGAAGACGAUCCAUCAUCGCAGCAAAAGCAUGAAGACGACAAGCCGCCCGAAGAAGUUGUAGAGGAUACGUCUCCACCACUUUCUGGGCCCCCAUUACCAGACCGACUGGCAAUCAAAGACGCUCUUAAGCUUGGGCUGAAUAACAAAGAAAAUGUUGAAGGUUUGGACUUGAUGUCAUCUACAUACGACAAGCAGAGUUCAAACUACCUUCUCGAGUCCAAGUUCAACCAAAUAGAUCGCAGCUUCAGCGCCAAGGACUCCAAGUACAAGGAGUCGGUCAAUUCGGGUACAGACAACAUCAAAAAGACAUUCAACGACAUCAAGAACACCGUAGGCGGAUUCAGCGACAUGUUUGAAUACAAAAUCGACUGGGAUUUCUGGACGCAGAUCGUCAACGAUUACGGCGCUGUGAUCCACAACGACUCGAACAAGUUGAAUGAUUUGAUUUCGUCAGGUAUUCCGAAGGAGUUCCGUGGGAUUAUCUGGCAAUUGGUGCUGAAAUCGAAGAAUUUUCAAUUGGAGGAGUUCUACAUUCUGCUUAAGGCAGAGGCUUCUAUCCACGAGAAAUCGAUAAAACGCGACUUGUCCCGGACAAGUUUCUUCACGAACGUAGAGGCCGUAAAUAAGGGCGAAGAAUUGUUCAAUGUGAUUAAAGCCUAUUCACUAUACGAUCCUGAUGUAGGCUAUACUCAAGGGAUGAUCUUUAUAGCUGUUCCCUUGAUUAUGAACAUGAAUGAUGCGGAGUGUUUCUGUUUGCUCGUGACAUUGAUGAAGGAAUACCGACUUCGUGACCUCUUUUGCCCGGAAAUGAAGGGCUUGCAUUUACUUCUCUACGAGUUUGACCGUGUCUUGGAGAACUAUUCGCCCCUCUUGUACAAUCAUUUGGUCAAACAAGGCAUCAAGUCGUCCAUGUAUGCCACUCAAUGGUUUCUUACGUUUUUUGCCUACAAAUUUCCUUUGGAUAUUGUGUUGAGGAUCUACGAUAUAAUAAUCACUCAAGGUAUAGAGUCGAUAUUGAAGUUCGCUGUAAAUCUCAUGAUCAAGAACGAGGCCAAUUUACUAGCUCUCAAAUUCGACAAGUUACUCGAAUUCCUAAAGGAUAAGCUCUUCAACGUCUACAUAAACGACGACUUCAUCAAUUUCAACGGCGACUCUUAUGCGCUCAAAUCGCCAACAAGAAACUCUCUUACGGGAGCAGCCAAUAGCGGAACUUGCUACUACAAGUUGGAAGAGCUUGUGCACGAUGCAAUGAAGAUAAAUGUAGACCCCAUAGAGUUGGGCAAGUAUGCGAACGAGUUUGAGCAUAUUUACGAAGGUGAGAAAUCUAAAACAGACGACAUUAACAAGAUACGCAUUGAAAACGGCGAAUUGAGACACAAGAUAAAACAGUUGGAAACGAACUAUGCCAAUCUCAAUAGAGACCAUGUGGGAAUAGUGCAGAAGAUGGUAGACUUGAAAGUUACAUUGCCAGAGAUUCUUAACGAUAACGACGACUUGAAUAACGAAAUCGAACAAUUACGAACAGAUAUUGAAGAAUUAGAGUCAAAGAUAGCUGAAACGCCUCCAUCUUCUGCCAAUGAUAUUGAAAACAAUAUCCAAGAGCUAUUGGCUACUAAUGCUCAAGAAACAGAAAGAUUUGCCAAUUUGGAAGAUGAGUUCAACACACUUGUAGCGGAAGAGGCAGCUCUAGAUAAAGAGUUGAAGACGCAUGCCAAUUCCAAGUGGUUUGGAAGAUGGGGAUAGAGUAUUUAAAGCAUAAAUGUGGGCAUUGGACAGUACAGGUACGUUAAUAUACAAUGAGACAU